AUGUCAAUUACACCUCAAGUGGGAGUCACCAAUUUGGAAGUUAUAAAAACGAACUUUGUAUGGACUGUUUAUAACUUCAGCAACUUAAGACGACCUGGUGCAUACAUAUCCUCCCCAGAAUUUACAGAGCCUAAGACUCAAACUAAAUGGUGCUUAAAUUUCUGCCCCUGUGAAAUUGUAAAUCCCAAUGCUGCAGGACUGUAUCUUUUUUUAAAGCAUAGCCGGUCCAUGAUGUCUGUCAAGUUUCAAUUUUUUUUGUUGAACGAAAACAAAGGAGUUGCAUACACGGGAUAUAUGUCAGAAGUAGAUUUUGUGAAUGGAGCAUCUAUAGGUUUUAAUAAUUUUAUUGGCAGGAACCAAUUGUAUGAUCCAGCUCUGAGGCUUGUAGUAAAUGAUUCAUUGACUGUCCUCUGUGACCUCAAACUAACUAUUAGUUCAGUUGACAUUAUAACGAGUCCACAGUACAACUUGACGCCCAAGAACAAGUACGAUUCCAAAGAUUCUGUUGUUGAUGAUUACCAUUCACUUUGGCAAAAUGGAACAUACAGCGACAUUACUCUUGUGAUAAAUGGAAAGUCGUUUCCUGCUCACAAGUCCAUAUUAGCGACACGCUGUACUUUUUUCAAAAAUUUGUUUGAAAAACACGCAGCUGAUGGAAACAAUUUGCAUGUAUUAGAAAUCAACGAUUUUGACACUAAAACAAUGGUUGAGGUGCUCAGGUUUAUCUACAGUGGAAAAGUUGAAAAUAUUUACUUGCACGCGAAAAAUUUGACCAAUGCAGCUGAGAAAUAUAAUCUGUCUGAAUUAAAGCAAAUAUGUCAAGGCGGUUCCGUUUCAACUCGAUACGUAAAGAAAAAUUUGAAAAUUAAUAGCGAUGCUGUUGAAUCCUUCCCUUCAAAAGCAGCCAUGCGAGAAGUCAAAGAGAUAGAUACUUCAAGAUUCGACACUUCAAGUCCUGAUAUGUUGACUAAAAUUUUUGAUGAAAUGGUGGAAAUAAGUAAUUCAGUAAAUACAUCAACAACUUUAAGUGAUUCAUCAUUCAACACUUCAUCUUUGUCUAGCUCCAGUACAAAAAGCUACUGGCAAUCUAAAAGUAAAGUCAAGACCUUUGAUUUCUCUAUAUCUCUCAUCAUCGAGCAACAGUUGACUAACUUGAAAGUCAUUGAAACUGGACUGGAGUUUCAACAUGACCAAGUAACAGAAUCAGAUCGAGACCAUAAUGCAAAACUUGCCAAAAAUACAGAUGAAGGAGCCAAAAUCAGAAUGAAGAGAUUUUCUGAUGAUAAAUGA